UUAGGGCCGAAGUCCGGCUAAUGAAGGGCGGAAGUAGAGUGUCCAGUGCUGCAAUUAUGGCGCAGGAAGAGGAAGAUAUUCGAGAUUACAAUUUGACUGAAGAGCAGAAGGCGAUCAAGGCCAAAUAUCCCCCAGUCAUUCGGAAGUACGAGUAUUUGGAUCAUACAGCAGAUGUCCAGUUACAUGCGUGGGGAGAUACUCUGGAGGAAGCAUUUGAACAAUGUGCAAUGGCCAUGUUCGGUUACAUGACAGAUACUGGGACUGUGGAGCCCCUGCAGACAGUACAAGUAGAAACCCAAGGAGAUGACUUAGAAUCCCUACUAUUUCACUUUUUGGAUGAGUGGCUUUAUAAGUUCAGUGCUGACGAAUUCUUCAUACCCCGGGAAGUGAAAGUACUUCACAUUGAUCAAAGAAAUUUCAAAUUACGGUCAAUUGGGUGGGGAGAAGAAUUUUCAUUGUCCAAGCACCCUCAGGUAUGUUUUUAAAUCCAACCAUUAAAAACAUUUUAUACUUCUUACCAUAAAGUCAGUAUAUGAUGGUAAACCUCAGUAAGUUCUAAGAAAUAAAUUGGUGUAAAGUUGUAAGUUUUCCUCAGACGUCUCUGACCCUAUUAUGUCUAAACACUGGGACUUCACACAUCUGACUUGGUAGAUUAGGAGUCAGUGCUUGAGUUCUGGGGUCAGGUUUGUUCCAGACUUUUGUGAGACUUCAAAGUCCCUUUGCCUUUUCAAACUUCGGUGUCUCUCCCUUUAAUGAAGGUGUUGGACUGGAUGUUCUCACCUUCUACUUUCUGUACAUCUCCACAUUCUGUAUUUGCCACCCAGUAUGGCUUUACUUUCUCCCAAUCCAAUGUGUGUGGAGGACUAGGAGCAGGCGUAUACGUGCUUUCUGUAAAGGGCUGAAUCAUGUUUGAAGCUUCGUGGAACAAGAGUGCUAGAAGAGCAGUAUUCAGCUCCCCUGUUGUAACACUGCGGCCGCCACGGACAACAGACAUGAACGACCGUGGUUGUAGUCCAAUAAACGUCAUGGACGCUGAAAUCUGAAUUUCAUAUCAUUUUCAAAUGUCAUGAGAUAUUCUCUUGUGGGUUCCCCCCCCCAGUCACUUAGAAAUAUAAAAACCAUUCUUGGGGUGCCUCAGUGGCCCAGUUGUUAAGCUUCUGCCUUUGGCUCCUCUCACGAUCCCAGAGUCCUGGGAUCGAGCCCCGCAUUGGGCUCUCUGCUGAGCAGGAACCCUGCUUCUCCGUCUCCCCCUUGCCUUGCUUGUGUUCCCUCUCUCACUGUGUCUCUCUCUGUCAAAUAAUAAGUACUUCAAAAAAAAAAAAAAAAAACCAUUAGUGUGGGGGUGCUGUACGAAACCAGGUAUCAGGCUAGAUUUGGCCCAUGAUUUGUAGUUUGCUGACUCCUGUGUUGAGGCCAAGGAGGCCUAAAUUAGAUGAGGGUGACUGAGGACUCCUGGUUGCUUCUAGGAGCUGCAGUACCAUUUCUUCAAGCACAACAUAAUGAAACGAAGCCUGGUGAGGGAACCUUGGGAGAGAAGCCUUAAAGAAGAGAAACCAAGAGAGGGGCUAUGUGAAUUAUAAUACACAAGACACAGUGGAACUUUCUUUUGAACAUACUGUGUUUGAGGUGUAUAUUAGAUAUCUAAAUGGAGAUGUCACAUAAUAGGCACUUGUCUGUAGGAUGACUUGUUCAGGAGAUAGGUAGAUCUGGAAAUCUCAGUCUGGAAACCAUCAUAUUUAUAGCCAUAGGACUAGAUAAGAUUACCAAGGAGGGAGGUGUAGAUAAGAGAGAGAGUAUAGAGAAGACUGAGCUCUGGGGCACUAACUUUGGAAAAGAUGGAGCCAAAAAGGAAAGGAGGAGAGCCUUAUAAGAGGGAGCCAAAGAAGAGGGGAGCCCCAAAGCCAGAUAUCUAAUGCCCUUGAGAUUGCUCAGAGACUGAGUGGGCUGAGGCUUGACGAUUGACCAUGGAUUUACGAAUCAGUGGAAAGAUGUGUGGGUCAGAGAGCGAAUGAAUGAGAGAUAGGGAAGUGGAGGCCGUAUAUUGAGACAGAGUUUGAGAAAAGGGGAACAUAUGGCUUAGAACAGUAAUAGCCAGAGGGGAAUGUGGUAGGGAAGGGAAAAGUUUUUUUGUUUUGUCUUGUUUCAGCAAGGAGGUUUUAUAACACCAGUGUAGGCUCCGUGGAAGUGAUCUAGGAACUUGGGGCAAAUUGAUCAUGCUGGAGAGGGAGAGAGUAAGUUCAGAGCAAAGACAUUAAGUUGGGAAAGCGAUAGAGGAUAGAACGUCCAGGGUUAAGGGUCAGCCUUCUGAUAGGAACAGGGCCGGACAGUUCAUUGUAACAGGAGGCAAAGCUCAUGUGAGUAUAGACUUGAGAGAUGGUAGACUGUGGACAUGAUUUCAGGUGAUACCAGUGAGCACGGUGUGUGCUGCCAGAGGCAGAAAUUUGAAUUGGGUUUAGGUUAUGGUCUCACCAGGUAAUGAUGGCAGAGGGAAGAAGAGCACAGGUCAGUGCCUUUCAGAUCUGUCCGUGAAAUCUUCAGAUUUCCUUUGUGCUGCAGAGCCAGUGGAUGCCAGUCACCUAUUGCCUGAUACAUUUUGUGCUGCACCUAGUUCUUGUAUUUUCUUUUCUAGAACAGGAAGGAACUAAGAGGACAUCUCAUCCUGUGGUUCUGAACCGGGGCAGGGGAGGGGGGAUUGUCAUGUAUCAAACAUGGGGAGCGAGAACUCCACAAUGUAGAGUGAGUGGGCAGCGGGGGAGAAAAGAAGGGUCUGUGUUCCUAGGGCCCGGGCCACUGCAAGCAGCAGGUCUUGAGGAGGAGCCCGGGGCCAGGCAGUGGGAGAGCUUUGGGCUCCUCCACUCAAGCCAUUCGGUAAACUGAAAGCAGGGUGCUGGGGAGGUCAGACAGCCCGAGGAGCUCUGUGGAAACACAGCCAGGUUGGAGCUGCAGCUUUCACUGUCCAGCCAGCUCACUUCCCCUGGGCACAUGUUGCUUUGUUGCUGGAUGAGUGUAGAAUGCUACACAAGUAACUGCUUGUCUCCUGUGGGUUUUUAGUUUUCAGAAUAAUGGUAAAAUUUGGCCUUUCUGCCAGUUGUCAUUAGAGUUAAUGAUUCUGAUUUUGAUGUUCACUUUUUCUUUUUUGUUUUUUUUCUCUAACCCCUGCUUUAGGGAACUGAAGUCAAGGCAAUAACCUACUCAGCAAUGCAGGUCUAUAAUGAAGAGAAGCCAGAAGUUUUUGUGAUCAUUGACAUUUAAGAUAUCAAAACACAAA